GUUUUGUGAUUCGCCUAUGAUUCGCCCGUUGGCGCAAUGGUUCCCGCCAGCGAUUUUGUGUUGGUGUUGUGGUUAUCGUAUUUUUAAUGGUAGACUACGACUUUUAGAAAUAAUGUUUGCGGCAUGUACAGAACGAACUUUGAUUUCAUGUAUUUUUAUUACAUAUUAACUGUUGUUACAUCAAUUUUUAUUAUAUUUUAUUUACAAGACUGAUUUGACUACAGAAAAAUCAUGGACGGAAGAAUUGUGUCUAUUAAAGUUCAGAACUUUAUGACCUACGAUUACGUCGAGUUCUACCCGGGGAUGAACUUGAACGUCGUGAUUGGCCCGAACGGCACCGGCAAGUCCAGCCUCGUGUGCGCGAUGGUGCUGGGACUCAAGUCGAGGCCACAUCUGCUGGCCAGGGGGUCGAGUGUUGCCUCGUUCGUGAGGGGCCUUCGCGGCACGUCCACCAUCGAGGUGGAGCUGCUGAACUCGCGGGGGGAGAACCACCUGAUCAAGAGGGUCAUCAGCGCGGAGAGCGGCAACUCCUCCUGGUACCUGAACAACAUGCCGUCCCAAGUCAAGGACGUUGAGAAUCUGGUGACCAAGUUGAACAUCCAAGUGGACAAUCUGUGCCAGUUCCUGCCGCAGGAUCGAGUGCAGGACUUUGCUCGCAUGAAUCAGCAGGACCUCCUGGAGAACACAAUCAGAUGUGUGGGCAAGCAGCAAUUGCUCGACGAUUGGCAGAAGCUGAAGGACUUGCGGGAGCGUGAUAAGUCGAUGCACAACGAUGUGAAGAGCCUGUCGGAGAGCAUCAGGACGAAAGAGAGUCAGAAUUCAAGUAUUGAAACUGAUAUCAGAAGCUUACGAAAGAGGAAGACGUUGGAGCAGCAGUUAUUGACGCUGAAGCAGAAACACGGGUGGUUGGUGUACGCUGAGAAGAAGAAAACUCUAGACAAAGUCUCUGUAAGAAUUAAUGAGUUAAAAAAGGAAUGUUCAGCAUGUGAGAAAAGCAGUGCAGCAGUAAAAAGGAUGCAUGAAAAAGUUAUGGUCAAAAUGAAAGCUCUUCAGAAUAAAUACAAUGAGGAGAAUGCAGCAGCGGAAGAAAAGGCUAGUGCUGUCAGAAACACAUGCCAGUCGCUGAACAAGGCUGAAGAUGUAAUCGAAGACGAAAGGCAAGUAAUGGAGGGGAGAAUUCAGAUGGCGGAACAGAGAGAGAAGGAAAUGACAAAGUUGGCGUCUGACAUAGGCAAUGUUGUGUCUCAGUUGGAAGCGGCACGAAAAGAACUAGGGAACACAGAUUUUUCUGCUGAGGUGAAAGAACUGGGCAGGAGAAAUAUGAGAAAAAUAGAAGAAAAGAAGGUACUAAUGCAGGAAGAACAACAGAUCUUGGGCACUUUGCAAAUGCACAGCUAUGAAGCCAAAGCUCUGGAGAACGAACGUGCCAGGCUUCUGGACGUGAAGAACCAAAGACUUGAGCUGUUGCGUAACAAGUACCCAGAUGCCGUAACAGCCGUCAAGUGGUUACGCGAGAACCAGAAACGCUUCCAAUACCCAGUGUACGAGCCGAUAAUGACUCUGAUAGACCCGACCAGCGCGAGCGGAGCCAGGUACUUGGAGAGCAUCAUCGCCCACAGGGACCUGGUGGCCUUCGUGUUCGAGGACGCCGGCGACAUGAGCACGUUCCUGCUGGAGAUGAGGGAGGGGAAGGGGCUGAACGUGAACGCGGUGCAGUCGGACGGACGGCCCAGGAAGUUCGAGCCCAACGUGCCCCUGUCUGCGAUAAGCUCUUACGGCUUCACGCUGUACACAUCGUCGCUGUUCACCACUGUGCCCGCAAUCAACAACUACCUGUGCGAGACCUACAACCUUCACAACAUACCCAUCGGCAACGACAGGACCUACCAGAUGUUGGAUGAAGUGCCGUCGCACAUCAAAUUUUUCUUCACGUUGGACAAACGGAUUACCCGGAAAACAUCUCGCUACAGCAACAACUCCACGACGCUCAUGGGCAGUCUAGGAGAGGCCAGGUUUCUCAAUAUUUGUGCGGACACAUCCAAGCUGGCUGCAGCCGAGAAGGGGCUGGAGAAGGCGAGGGCGGCGGUCGCCGCGCUGGAGCAGAAGAGGGCCGCCGUGCAGCAGGAGCUGUCGGCCGUGGAGCGCGACCAGGAGAAGCUGCUCAUGCAGAAGAAGACGCUGGAGGCGCGCCUGAGCGAGACGUCCAGCCUCGAGGCGAGGGUCCGGACCAUGCGGGAGACCUACAAGCGGCAGGCGGAGCAGUGGCAGGACCCGGACCGCGUCAGGGAGGCCUUCCGGGGCAAGUUCAAGGCGGUGCUGGCGGACAUGCGGCAGCGGUACGGGCAGAUGGCGGCGGCCGUGACCCAGGCGCAGCAGUGCUGGGUGGCGUGCCGGCUGACGCAGCUGCAGCUGGAGAGCCUGCGCGACGUCGCCACGCACGUCGAGAACAAGCUGCGGGAGGAGCAGAGGCAGCUGUCUCGCUCGCAGGAAGCACUAAGGCAGGCAGUGCGCGACGUGGAAGGUGUGAAGGAUGACGUGAAGAGUGCCAUGGCUGCAGCGAAGCGCCUCACGGACGGGCUGACCCCCCAGAGCGAUGGCUUCGGCCCCUUCCGGAAGGCCUUCCAGAGCCUGACGGAUGACCUGGAGAGCCUGGAGUCUGACAUGGAAGUGAUCCGGGGCAAGCUGGACUGUCUGGUGGGAGCCGACAGCAGCGUUCUGGUAGAAUUCGAGAACAGAAAGAAGCAAAUCGAAGACUUGAAGGCGCAACUGGAGGCAAAGACAAACAGCUCGGUAACCAUCAAGAGCUCCAUGAAUGAGGUGAAAAAAGAAUGGCUGGGCUCACUAAAUGAGUUGGUUGAAAACAUUUCCAGGAAGUUUAGUGAUUGUUUCGCCACUCUCAAGUGUGCGGGAGAGGUGAAACUUCAAACAGGUACCAACGAGGACGACUUCGACCAGUACGGCCUGCGCGUGCGCGUCAAGUUCCGCAGCGAGGACGAGCUGCAGGACCUCAACAAGCACCUGCAGAGCGGGGGGGAGCGGUCCGUCUCCACCGCCGUGUUCAUGAUCUCGCUGCAAGGGCUGACCCGGGUGCCCUUCUGCUGCGUCGACGAGAUCAACCAGGGAAUGGACAAGUUCAACGAGCGCAUGAUAUUUGAUCUCCUAGUAGCAACCACUAGCUUACCAAACUCGCCACAGUAUUUUCUAUUGACACCAAAGCUGUUGAGUGGUCUACAGUACUCGCCCACAACUGUGGUGUCCUGCGUUUUCAACGGUAGUUGGAUCGCUCCCUGUCUCGUGACCAGAGACCACGGCAAGCAUUCGAAAAAGAGGCCCCGGCUCACGUAAAGAGCACCCAUGAUUUGUGGGAGCGCGAAAGGCGGCACACGAUCGCAUAGCUCUUGACGAUUCUCCAGAUAUGGUGCUCUUGUGGCUGUAAAAUUAUUUUAUCAACUCGUGUUUUGAAUACUGUUUAUAUUUUGUACCUGUGUAAAUAAUAUACAUAUAUACAUUUUAUAUUUUUUGUAUUUUACAAAACUCCUUAGUAUACUUUGUGUUAAAAAACCAAGUAAAAAAACUUACUAGUUUUAUAAAAUAAAGUUAAGAGUUUUAGUGUAUUUUAAACUUGCAGGUGAUUCAAAAAUUUUUCAUUAUUCUGGUAACUUAUCAUGAUGUGAUUAUUUUAGUGAUAUGACAGUUGCUUUUAGGACAGUUCAAGAAAUAAAGAAAUUGAUAGGACCCGAGAAGAUGAUACUAAAAAUUAGAUGUUUGAUUCAAAGAAAUGUAGAUUGGAAAUGGUAUCACUGUUUUCAUACAGUCAAAAAUUAUAUGUAGUUAAAUUUGUUUUAAAAUUAUUUUUCGGAGUACAGUAGAGUCCUGCUAAUCCGGAUCCCGCUCAUCCGAACGUAGGUUAAUCUGGAUAGGUUUUAAUAAAUAAAGAGCAGGAUUUUUGUUUUUGUUGUGUUAAUCCUGUAUCAGUUCGUAGGUUAAAAACUUUGGUAUCAGUAAGCAGUAUAUUAAAUUAAAAUCAAGCUGUAAAAAAAGUUGUAUUUAUGAAGAAAAAAAAUUUGGAUUUUAAUAGUUUUAUCCAUCCAAAAAUUAUAUCAUGUGCAUUUUAAGGCAAAUUCUGUUCAAUCCGGACUUCUAGUGAUCCGGACAAGGUUCGGUCCCAUCUUGUCUGGAUUAGUGGGACUCUUCUGUAUUAUUUUUUUUAAUGACUGUUAAUCGUACUUCUUAUUAGUAUGUAUGUAUGUAUAGUACCCAUUUGUUUGUACAUGAUUUUUAUGAAUUAUGAACUAUGAUAGUGUUGUACCUGUGGUAUGAAUAUUGAACUGUUUUCUUGUUUAAAUAGAUUCGAGCAUAAAUUUUGAAUCACUUGGCAUUUAGUUUGAAUUAGUUAAAAUAAAUUAAAUCACUUUGUUGAAGAGAGUUAAGAAAAUAUUCAUACGUUUGUAAACAAAAAUUUUCUUAUGUAGUUUUAUUUUCACGUACUUAAUGUAUGUAUUAUAUCAUAAAGUUAUGAUUUAGAUUUUCAUACCCAAGAGCAAAAGAAGCUUUGAUAUAUUUAAUUCAUUUAUCAAAUGUUGAUUCUGCAAGCCUGCAUCACAGAAAUACCCAUCAACUUCCCAUUAUAUUCAAGUAAUUAAGGAAUUGGUUAUUUAUAAUGAAUACAGUAAAACCUCUGAACUAUUUAAAUAUAAGGUGUGAAAAAUUUUAUGUAAUAUAUUUUCUUAAUGAGACUACAUAUAUAAUAUCUUUCCAAAUCAUCAAAAUGUAAAUUAAAAACAUUAAUCUAAGUUAUGCACAUUACACACGUAUAUGUAAACUAAAAAUAUGCAUCAUAUUGUGUCUAACGGUUUACUCAAAAAUAUUUAGAAAUGUUUGGUUUGUUUGUGUUUUGGAUAUGCUGGGUAAGUUAUCAGUUUAUCAUAAGGAAGCUUUGCUGUAUUCAGGUCGCACAUGUAACACGUGAAAAAAAAUUGUAUAUGGUAACUUGUAAUUUUUCUUUGAAAAAAAAAAUCUAUUAUGUGCUGCAGUUUGUCAGAAAAUUAAAUGAUUUAAGAAACUGUACCAUACACUUAGUAAUGUUUUUAAUUGUGUUUGAUAGAAUAAAUAAUAUUACAAACUGAA